AUGCCUGGCGACGACGACGCAGUCGUUGCUGCUGCCGCUGCCGCCGCCGCAGCUGCCAAAGCUCCACCCCAGGCUGUCAUCGUCCACCCCUACACAGCCGUCAAUGUGAAAACUCACAUCCCGGUGACCCUGGAGAUGAAGAACCCCAACUUCACCAAGUGGGCUUCGUUCUUCAAGGCUCUGUGCGGGAAAUUCAGCCUCCGUCCCCACAUCGACGGGCCUCCUCCUGUGGCUGCGGAUCCAUCGUGGGACAUCGCAGAGUGCACCGUCCGUGGCUGGAUCCUCAACACCGUCGAUGACUCGGUUCUCGACCUCGCCAUCACUGACGAGAACCAGACUGCCUGCGAGUUGUGGGUCGCCAUCAAGGGACUCUUCCGCUCCAAUCGUGCGCCCCGGGCCGUCUUCCUGUUGGAGGAAUUCCACUCCCUGAAGCAGGGUGAUUCGUCGAUCGACGAGUACUACCAGAGGCUCAAGAUCAAGGCUGCUGCCCUCCGGGACGUCAAUCACACAAUCGAGGACUCCCAGCUCAUCCUCAGCCUCCUUCGCGGCCUCAACCCGCGCUACACCGCCACUGUCGACGACAUCGCCAACUCCACCGUGCUGCCUUCCUUCUCUGGGGCACGAGAAAUGCUCUCCCUCAAAGAGUUGCGCCUCGCCAACGACGAGAAGACCACGACUGCAUUUGCUAUGGUGGCUGCCUCUGGCUCCACCUGCACUUCUCCAGGGAGCCGCCCCUCCUCCUCUAUGGCCACUGGCGCUGCUCCCAAGGGCUCCGGGGGUGGCAAGAAGGGCAAGGGCAGCAAUAAACAGGGCAGCUGGCGCGGCCAAGGCACCGGUGCUAGCUGGCAGCAGGGCAGCGGCAGUGGAUAA